CUUCUCCAUGAUUUAGGAUUCUCCUCCUCUCCCAGGACUCGCAUUUCACUACAAUGCCAAACCUCCAUUUCGCUCUCACCCUUUCGCUUCUUCUACUUUCCAAUGCCUCAGCUGCACCUUCCACUACUCUACCCGCCAAGAUCGUAACUGGGUUUCUCUCAAAUGUCGUCCCCGCAUUCACCAAAUGGGUUUGGUCGCUCAAAGCACCCACCAAAACGGCGAUUGGUGCGAAGUCGAUGAUGAAGUUCGAGAGUGGCUACACUGUGGAGACCGUGUUUGAUGGAAGCAAGCUUGGAAUUGAGCCUCACGCGGUUGAGGUGUUGUCUAAUGGGGAGCUUCUCAUUCUGGAUUCUGUGAAUAGUAACAUUUAUAGGAUUUCCUCAUCGCUUUCUUUGUAUAGCAGACCGAAGCUGGUGGCAGGAUCCGCUGAAGGAUAUUCUGGACAUGUUGAUGGAAGGCUUAGGGAGGCUAGGAUGAAUCACCCGAAGGGGAUAACAGUUGAUAACCGGGGGAAUAUCUAUGUUGCAGAUAUAAUGAAUAUGGCAAUUAGGAAGAUUAGUGAUUCAGGGGUAACAACAAUUGCUGGUGGAAAAUGGAGCCGUGGAGGGGGGCAUGUUGAUGGUCCAAGUGAAGAAGCUAAAUUUUCUAAUGAUUUUGAUGUGGUUUAUGUCGGAAGUAGUUGUUCUCUACUUGUCAUAGACAGGGGGAACCAAGCCAUCAGGGAAAUCCAACUCCACUUUGAUGAUUGUGCUUAUCAAUACGAAAAUGGAUUUCCACUCGGAAUUGCAAUGCUUGUUGGGGCUGGCUUCUUUGGCUAUAUGCUUGCAUUAUUACAGCGUAGACUUGGUACAAUUGCAGCAUCUCAAGAUGCUGAGGGUCCAACAAUGUCUGCCGUUUCACCAAGUCCAUAUCAGAAGCCCUUAAAGUCUGUUAGGUCUCCUUUAAUUCCAUCCGAAGAUGAAUCUGAUAAGCAAGAAGAAAGUUUCUUUGGGUCCAUUGGGAAGCUUCUUGCCAAUACUGGGGCAUCAGUAGUGGAAAUAGUGGGAGGGGUAUUUCCUGGUUUAAGAACAAAACCACAGAUCUAUGAAUUUCAAAGCCAACCACUGUUCCAGCAGCCUCAAAAGCAAGUAAAUUCUUGGCCUGUGCAAGAAAGUUUUGUGAUUCCAGAUGAAGACGAGCCCCCUUCUAUCGACCUAAGAACCCCGACACCACGAAAAACAUACCCUUUCAUGUACAAGGAUGCAGAAAAAAUGCAACAACUAUGGCAAAGUCGAGCAUUAUACAACGGAUGGGAGGGAGAUCUUCAGCAGCAACAGCAACAACUAAAACAUCAGCAGCAGCAACAACAACAACAGUUAAAACAUCAUCAUCGCCAUCAGCACCAUUCAUCAAUUCCUCACACUUACUAUGAACAAAGCCAUGAGCAAACCAAUGAGAUAUUAUUUGGAGCAGUGCAAGAGCAGGAUGGGAAGCAGGAAACUGUAGUUAUCAAGCCUGUGGAUUAUGGUCAAUCUCUCUAUGAUCAUCACUAUAUUCGGCCUCGAAUCAGUUCCAUGGGCUAUAUCCACAAGUACUAAGUAUAUAGAAUCACAGAUUAUGAGUAAUGCAUCCCCAAUCCAGCUUUAAUUAGAAAGGGGAGGGUGAAAUCCAGUACAGGAAGUAUAAUUAAUAAUUUCUUUUAAACAGUAUGAUCCUUAUAAGGAGAAGCUGGUCAAUAGAAUGUUAACUGUUCGAUCAGUUUUGCCAAAUUGUAGGUCACUCUGGCCAUAUUUGAGGGUAAGAUCAACAAAUUUUGGCACGCUUUUUCUUCUGGUGAGAUCAUGUUUAAUGUCAAGCAGAAGUUCUCUGCCAUAAAAUAUAUGAUAUAUUGUAUUGAUACUUUC